AUGGCGACCCCACCGAUACCACCCACAAGGACCGACGCUGGCACAGCAGCCAACCUCGUCUCCCACGGAGUCCUGUUCGCCGCCAACCCGACACCCUCCGCCUGUCCCCUCGUCGUCGUCGACACCGUCGACACCCCGAUCACCACGACCACGACGACAAGGGAAGCCACCACAACGACGGAGACACCAGUGGCCCUCAAUCCCCGCGCGCCGCCCUGGGAACCAACACUCUUCCCUUUAUUCCACGCCCAGCUCGCCCUGCACGCGGCGCUCGCCCUGCACGCGGCGCUCGCCCGCGCAGCUUUAGCGCGCACUUUGCACAGCGUGGCCCAGGGCCAGAUGGCGUGUGUGCUGGCGGAGCGCGGGGAGGCGCGCGCGCGGGCCGCGGCGUGGCGGGCGUGCGAGAAACGGGUUUCGGCGGGGGUGGCGGCCGCGGCGGCCGCGGCGGCAGCGGGAGCAGGUUACAGUGGGUGUGGUGGUGGUGUUGUGUUUUCGGUGGCGGCGACGGCAAGGGGGUUUGCUGGGCAUGCGACGGCGCUGGGGAGGGUGCAGUGGUGGGCGGCGGCGGUGGAAGCCAAGUUGCGAGCGCUGGUGCAAAGGGCGGAUGGGCAGAUUGUGCUCGCGCUGGCGGCGCUGGAUGGGGUGGAGAGGAUGAUGGCGUGGAGGGCGUGGUGGGAGGGUCAGGCGGGAUGGCUGGGUUUCCUUGGGGAGCAGGAGGGGGGUGGGAUGGGUGGUGCCCCAGGGCAACGGGGGGCUGCUGCAGUGGACGGGGAGGAGGACUGGUCUGACGACGACGUCUUCUACCCCGGGCCUUAG